AUGUCCACAGAGGUCUCGUCGGGGAGUAACGAUGGUCCGAGCUUUCAUCAUCACAUUCAGGACGCCGUUCAUAUGAUUUGGAACAACCAAUGUUCUGAGGCAGAGGAAAUUCUUUUUCCUUACAAGGAAAUACACCCACGUUAUGCUCUUGAGUACGCUAAUAAGUAUCUUGUUCAAACACUGAUGAACUCAACGAAUGAGAGUAGGGAGAUUCUUCUUGAAUUGUUUAAAGUGGCGGAUUCGUUGGCUUCCGCUGCGAAGUACUCUGAGCCCAUGUUUGACUUUGACGUCGAAAAUGAUGGUGAUGGAACCGGGAUGUCCAUGUGUUUGCCCAGUAAGGCAGAGCGUAAAAUUAGCAAAAAAAGCUUUAAUGGACGUCGAAAGGCGGCUGAAAAGGCCGGUCAAUCUUUUGUCGACAACUGGAAAUUGGAAUGUGAUGUGAUUUAUGCGGAUGCACUAUUGAUGCGUUCUGUGUGUCAGCUGAUGAUGAAUUCCUAUUUCAAGGGUGGCGUCAAUUUGCGCAGGACGUGGGGCUUAUAUCAUAAGUUAAUACAAGUCGUUGAGGCGGACAGGACGAACCAAAUUCCUAACGAAUUGAAGAUGUGUGUGAAAUAUGGGACAGGGGCAUUUUAUGCGUUUCUUGCCCUCGUGCCGGCUAAUUUGAUGAGGCUUCUCAAUGUGAUUGGCUUUAUAUCUGACAAGGAGCUUGGCGAACAAUACCUUACAGAGGUUUUUGAGAGCAAUGGGGUUCGUUCCCCGUUUGCGGCGCUUGUUUUGUGCACGCUAUAUCUUUUUCUUCCAACAGGUCUUGGCCGUGUAGAGGAAACGCUUGCGAAGGCGAAGCGUAUCUUGGAUGCAAUGAAUCAAAAAUAUGAGCACAAUACGUAUUUUUAUGGAUACUCCAACUUUUAUCACAGAAAGCGGGGUGAAACAGCCGAGGCCUUGAUGGCGAUUCAGUUGGCUGAAACAAAUGCUGAACGGGCUGGAUUAGUGCCAAUUUUGAUCCGUUAUUUGCAUGCCGAUACUCUUUUUAUGGAUCUUCGUUUUGAAGAGGCGAGAGAUCGUUACGCAGCACUUCUGGAUCAUCUGGCUAAAACCAAGGAAAGUUUUGCAUAUACAGGUCAGGUGGUUCUUUCACUUGCAGCUUGCUUUGUUAUGCUGGGAGAUGAUGCCCAGGCAAUCCAGUGGUUAAAAAAGGUAGGCUCCAUGUAUAACUCCAGGUCGAAGAAUGAUGCCAAUUCUCCAAAGUUUGCAUCCCGCGUCUUAGCAAACCCCCGGUUAUUGCCCCUGUGCGGCGUCUAUAUGCUGUAUAUCAAUCGUGAUCUUGCUCAUAUGAAAGUGGAACAGGCAGAACGUCUCUUAGAGGAGUUGACGCGAGUUACGAAAGGAAAAGACCUGAGUGGUCCAGAGCCGGAAAACAUGUUUACACUUUUUGUGGGGGUCAUUCAUAAAGGGUGCGAUCGUAUCGAUGAGGCGUUUGGGUACAUGAGUAAAAUAUUUGCAAACGAAAAGCGUGUGCCAAACGAUUCAAUGGUCUUACCAUACGCUUAUUAUGAGGCGGGCGAGUUGGAGUAUCGUCGUGGCAAUUAUGAGAACGCAAAGACCCUUUUUACAAAGGGGCAGUCUCUCAAGGGGGAUGGAAACGAAACACUGAUGAACAGGUACAACAUUGCACUGAAGCAGCUAAAACGCACGAUGGAGGAGCGAAAAGGAGCGUGA